CGAUCGAUCGCGGGCGGCAUAUUCGAAAACACGCACGGCGCAGCGGGAACGCGUGUGUGCAUUCCAAAAUCUUCCGCUCCGGCCGUUUCUCGAGAAUCGUCGGCGAACGUCGGCCGCGCUCGUGUCGGUGAAAUCGUGGACGCGGCGCGAGGAAGAAGAGGCGCGAGCGCGCGGGCCGCGGAAGAAAGAGCGAACGAGAGAGAGAGAGAAAGAGAGAGCGCACGUGCAUGUAUGCGUGAGGUCGAGGGCAGAGCGGGUGGAGGAGGGGGGGAAACGGGACUCCCCUCUCGCGCUUCAGCCGUUCGCUGCCAUUCGUCCGCCGAUCCCCACCGCGUCGCCCUCCGUCGCCGACCGCGCAACGUCACCGUCCCCCCCUCCACCUUCCACCACCACUCUCCACCACGCUGUCUCUCUCUCUUGCGCGCGACGUGCACGGACCUGCCCAGUAAAUGCGAGGCUUCCGUUCGACGAGUGUGCGUAGCGGUGAUAGAGUGCGUAAUAAGCGCACCGUAUACAGACGGUUUUUCGCACCUCGGCGACGUCGUCGUCGUCGUCGGUCGUCGUCGUUACUGAACGAAUCGUCGUUCACGCCGGCAUCGACAUGCCGCUCAGUAUCGGCGUUAAUCUGCGGGUGACCGGCCACUGUAACCAGGGCGGUCGCAAAUACAUGGAGGACAUGUUCUGCGUGGCGUUCCAGCCGACAUCGGACGACAAGGACCUGGAGUACGCCUUCUUCGGGAUCUUCGACGGCCACGGCGGCGCGGAGGCCGCGACCUUCGCCAAGGAGAACCUCAUGGACCUCAUCGUGAAGCAGAGGAACUUCUGGAGCGAGCGCGACGAGGACGUGCUGCGGGCGAUCAGGGACGGAUACAUGAACACGCACAUCGCGAUGUGGCGGGAGCUCGAUAAAUGGCCGAGAACCGCGUCCGGACUGCCGUCCACGGCCGGCACGACUGCCAGCAUCGCCUUCAUCCGGAAGGGCAAGAUAUACAUAGGUCACGUGGGAGAUUCCGCUAUUAUAUUGGGCUAUCAGGCGGAGGGUGAUCCCCAAUGGAGAGCGAAAUCGCUGACGAAGGAUCACAAGCCGGAGAGCGGGCCGGAGAUGACGCGCAUACAGGAAUCGGGUGGAAAAGUGGUCAGUAAAUCUGGUGUCCCGAGGGUCGUGUGGAACAGACCUCGCAUCGGGCACAAAGGUCCUGUUCGAAGAUCAACUCACAUGGAUGAAAUUCCGUUCCUUGCAGUAGCGAGAUCCCUAGGUGAUUUAUGGAGUUACAAUUCCGAAUUGAACACUUUUGUCGUCUCUCCCGAGCCGGACGUGAAGGUUAUUCCAGUUGACGUUAAAUCGAACCGUUGUCUUAUUUUCGGCACUGAUGGCCUAUGGAAUAUGUUGUCACCGCAAGCUGCGGUAGCUAUUGUUCAAGCCACAGACAGACACAAUGAGAAACAUUUGAUAGCUUCUCAGCAGACCGGUAAUGGGGCUGAUACACAAAUGUGGAUAAAUCCUUCGAAAAGUCUCGUGGAUCGUGCAUUGGAGAGGUGGUCAUCGACAAGAUUACGAGCAGAUAAUACCAGUGUUGUAACAUUAAUGUUGGAUCCGUCGGGACCAUGUCGCAAAGAGGGAUCACACUUGGCUUUGUUUAAGGUACUGUUUAAUCAAAAGAAGGAUCGUGUUAUACAUCACGGAACACACACGCCAACUACGACGAAAGAGCUUGAAAACAUCGAGGCAGUCAAUCAAAAAAUUAUAUCGCCGUGUAUGCCAAUACCGCCGCCAAGCGUUUCCACGGAUCUCGACAUUGAUCCCAAACAACCGGAUUCGUCGAACGGAAAUGAGGAGGCUGUCGAUCAGACGUUACAGCCGGAGACAGUUUCGUGUCCUGAAAAAUCAGCUUUGUCCGAUAUUGACACUUUAUCGGAAUUACAAGAGAAUACCGCGAUAGACAAGAGUAUCGGGACCGUUGAUGCUGAUGAGAGUAUCCAGGUCGCCGAAAUCUCCUCCAGUCAAAUGGCAGAAGAAUCCGGAGAUGCGGAAAGUAAGAAAGCGAAUGAAACCAAUCACGAGAAAUCGGAACAUCCUGAUAACGAGAUAAAGCAAGUAGCUGAAGAGAAUGAAAACGAGAAAGCGAAAAUCGACGAUGCACAGACUCUGAUCCAAUCAAAUCCGAAAUCGACAAUCAAGUUCGCCGAGCCUGAAGAAGUCAUACCCGAGUCAGGGGUAUCUAACGUGACGCGGCAGAGUACGUUUCCCGGUGCGAACGAGGAGGCGCUUCAACCCGCUCCUUUCGUAAGUAGGUUACGUCGGAGUGGCGGCAUUGUUCCUGUUAAGAGCAGCAGUUUCGACAACGGCGAGGUGAAGAAUGGCGUUUUGAACGGAUCUAGACAUAAGCAGCACCCUUUAUUUCCCGCGAGGGUGGACGUCAGAACGAUAAAGCGACGACAUAGUCUGAGCUCUUCUCAAACUCAGAAUGCUUUCGCUGACGUUACGCCGAGUCCGGAUUCGAAGACUUAUGCCAGCGUGAAAUCGCGGUACAGCAGGGUAAAGAAAUCGUCUGUCGUGGGAAGCACGACGGUGGAGGAGACGACGAAAAGUGCGUUAAAGACUAGCGACCGCGGCAUAAAUAAUAAACGUAAGCACAGCGCGAUCACGCAAGCAUCGGUUUCAUCUGGAAUCGAGAAUAGCUGCGCGCAGCAAGAACCGUGCGCGAAGAGGAGGACGCGUUCCGAGGACCAAAGGCACAGUCCCACCGAUGAGAACGACCCGGCCAAUCAAGCGAUGGAGAAUGCUAAUGCCCGAUUAAGUUGGCCCACGUCGGAUAGACGACCAGACUCGUCGUUGAACGGCGCCAGUUUAACGACGCUCUCUUCAUCAUCGAACACGUUCCAACGUAGAAGCUUAGGCAAAAAGGCUACGCCUGUUAAAGCCAUUAGGAGAUCGUCCAUCAACGGUUCGCCUCGUUUGCAACAUCUAAGAGGUAGUUUUGGCCUAAGGGAUUGGGACCAAGGAAGGAAUAAUCGAACGACUAAUUGUAACAGUAGAAGAACUAUAAAUAGGCCGGUAACGAUAAUCGGUCCUACGGAUACGUCAUUACCGCAACGAUGGUUAAGGUCAGACACAAUGGCGGCAACACCUGUGAAAACACUACGUUCGCGCAACGUAGACAUCGCCGGACAUACAAUAUCUGCGCAAUUAGUACAUCAGUAUGGCGUAGUGAAACAAAAUCGAUUACCUCUACCGAACAAGUUGAAGCAGUCCGCGAACGGUGGAUCGCUGCAAUCGAGUAGAGUCAGGUCUUCCUCAUUGUCAGCCAGUAAACUUAAACAAGCGAACGGUAACGGUGGAAGCGUGAGUACUUGCGCGACCAUAAAUCCCUCGACAGCAGGUUCCACUUCUGGCAUAGCUAAGAAAGGCAAAUCACCGUACAAUCCUAGUGCUCGAUCCCUGAGCACGCGAUCUCGAAUCAAACGUCUUGGAAAGUAAGGUGGUAGUUAAGGACUGUAGUUUUGCGAAUUCGCGAGUUUUUUUCUAGGGUAUGACAUUCUUACCCUUAAUUUUACUGUCUGCGAAUUAUCUAGUUACGAUAUAACAGCGAUUGUUACGUGCAUUUUAUGUCUCUCUCUUUUAAAAAAAACUUUUCCAUCUUUCAUCUUUGAGACCAUAUAUUUUCUUUUAUUCGAGAUGUUUACUACGAAUGGGGCUCUGAGCAUUAUAAGUUGUUUUUUUUUUUUAUUUUGGAAAGUAGAAUAAAAUCAGAUAUAAAUCGAUUAAGCAAGGUAGGAUUGAAAUUGGAUAGAUUUGAAAUUUGGUAUCGCAAACUACCUACACAUAUACUUAUAUCUGCUUGUGACAAUUACUAUUGAUUUAUCGCACAUACCAUUUGUAUAUUGUUAUUGGAAUUAUUUCCACGGACCUUUUAUGUUCAUACAUGAAGUGCAUAUAUCUAUUUGAUUUUAUAAUAUUGCUUGCAUGGAAAUAAAUUGCUACGCUCUCCCAUUCUAUUUAUUAAACAUGAUCACAUCAAUUACUAUUGAUUUAUCGCAUAUACCAUUUGUAUUUUGUUAUUGGAAUUAUCUACACGGGCCUCUUAUGUUCAUACAUGAAGUGCAUAUAUCUAUUUCAUUUUAUAAUAUUGCUUGCAUGGAAAUAAAUUGCUACGCUCUCCCAUUCUAUUUAUUAAACAUGGUCACAUUAAUUCCUCAUAAAGGAUGUACUGCGAUAUUAUUUGGAAUGGACUAAAAGAAAUUAAACUAGUCAUCCUUGAAAGAGUAUCGUUAUAUUUGAAAUUCCCUGUAUAAUUUAUACAAGACUGUGCUUUCGCUUUAUAAAGGAAGAUUAUAUCGUUCUCUCUUACAAAGGCAAAGUGUUCUUUUAUAUUUAAGUCGAGUCGAAUUGGCAUACAAUAAAAAUGGUUGAAGGACGAUAUAGUAAAUUAUUACCAUGAAAAAUUUAUAAUAUAUAAAAAAUACAAAGAAAAUAUUCGCGAUCUUUUGUAUGCUUUCCAAUAUUCGCGUAGAUUAGCAAAUGUCACGUAGGACAAAAAAACAUGAAAGUAUAAUAUGGGCGUAAAGUAGCCUGACAAUAAGAAGGUACGGUUGCAUAUUAAAGGCAUGGGGUCCGUAUGCAUAUCUCACACUUGCACAUUCUCAGUGAUAACUAUUGUUUGCAAUCUUUACCUUAGACCGAGUGAGGCGAUCAAACGCUGAAUAUGGAAUACGAAUUCGCGGGGCCCGUAGCUGUGCGCGUGUAUUCCUGGAAAAUAAUUUCUCCCCCUUCUCCCCUCCUCGUUGAUUCCGCUUGAUCGUAAAAGUCUUCGAUGACGGCUCGGAAAGAACUCGCAAGUCAAAAAAAGCACACCGUAUUUAGAGAAUAAAUCUACGAUUAAGGCAUUCAACUAUUUUCUAGUACGUAGGAUAUGCAAUCACACUGAUCUGCCUUGGCUGAGUACGGAGUGGUUGUUGGAACAAUUGUAAUUGCGUGUAAAUAGAAUUACAAUAAGAAUUAAUAUAUGAGAAUAAUUGGCAGCCUUUAUCUGCGAAGUACAUCGAUUCAUAGAUAUAUAUAAUAAAACCGUUGCGUAGAUAAAUAAUAUAUGAAAAAAAAAGGAAAAGGAUUUAAAUCUACCUCUGGAAAAGAUUCCAGGCUCAUGGUCUCGAAUAACGACCACUCGGUACGAAGCACCAAACGACUGUUUACUGUGCGUUAUAAAAGUUUAGAUUAUAACUAGAGGGAAUAUAUUCGCGAGGCACACAGCUUAGGAAAGAAAUAAUCGAGGAAAUUCAAAUUUCCGUCGGUGCGAACAAUUGUACAACAAUUGUGUUCCAAAUACAAACGUGCACUAUCAUACUAGUGAUCUAAUAAUAAUAAUUUUAAGUCAUCGGGGUAAGAAAGAUUUAUAUCUGAUAUAUGUAUAUAUCUGACAUUAAAAUACAUACGUAUAUUAAUGUCAGAAUAUAAAAUACAGCGUAUAUAAUCUUCUAUAUCAGUCUUUCACAUGGAGCUAUCCAUUUUGCAUCUCGUGCAGAGGAAAAGAAGACGGAUUCAGGAAUAUCCAUCUUUCUCGUUACGGAAAUUACGCAUAACGCGUUUGUUUUAUAUUUGCCUGACGAAUAGAGAUACGAUGAGUUUUGACUUAUAUUACGAAUGUACAUUUAUUUCCUCUCUUGUUCGCGUGAUCAACUCUGCAUCUAUGAGGAAGAAUAUUUUAGAGCAAUUUCGGUAACGAGAAAGAAUACGUGUAUCUUACGGAAUGUAGUCACUUUAGGGUUUAUACAUUUCUAAAGAAAAGAAAAAACAAGCGAGCGAAAAUGAUGAAAACGCUGAUGAAGUAUAUUACUAAGAAGUGUAAAAUGUAAACCAUAAGUAUAUAUUUAUCGAUAUUACGUCGACUAUUUAUUAAAUUAGCUUAUAAAAGGUGAUUCGAUUUUCUAUGUAAAUAAGAUCGCGCAGAUAAUAUAUGCUAUAUAUCGUUCGGGAAGCUGCUUGGAGAAAAAUUGUCACUGCGAAGCAGUGUACGCGCUACGAGACGGCUGUUUAUCAAAGACGAGAGAGCGAAAGGGAGGAAAAGGAUGACGCGUGCCUACAAUAGUUACCACUCGCGAACACGUGUGUAUGUGUGUGCGUGUAAAUAAAGGAUUUAUAUUCCUGAUGAAAGUUUCGAGGUAAAAUUUCAAAAGUAAAAGCAUGUUGCGAGGGGGGGGGGGGCAGAACCGAGUUACCGCGGGGAGAGACAUGUGCGUGUUAGCUAACGGCGAAGAUUUUUAUUUUAAGAGUAUUUAUCCCUUUUUGGUGCAUGUCCAUAGGUCUCAUGCUGCAUGUAAAUAUACAGUGUUAAUAGACAUAUAUAUUAUAUAUAAACAGAGAUAUUGUAUAGAUGAACUUUAAGCGAUUAUACAGGAAAGGAACAAGGCGUUGAAACAAAUUGCGGGGGGGGGGGGGAGGGGAUUUUAAAACGAAAAGGUCGAAUCUACCCGACGCGCCUGUAGAUUUAUCAUUUGUUACAUCGUACAGAUAUGAUGAAACCGAGUAUUUUUUAAGAGAUAAAGAAUAAAGAGUUUAAUGCUGUAAGAGAGACGAAGAGAAGAACUGUUAGUGAGAAGAAAUAUUAUAUAGCGAUUUAUCUCAGGUUAAGAGAAUUGCGGGGAGGGGGGGGAUAAAUAUCGGAGGAACUCGAACAAAUGUGUGAUCACGUUUAUAUAAUCUGUAUAUUUUAAUUAAAUAAACUGAGAUAUAUAAAUCCUA